CCCCGAAUGAACUGGGGAGUGAACCACCACCACAAAAUUGAAGCAUGCAUGCUCUUCUCCCACAACAGGCAGACUGCCGGCCCACCACGUUCAUCUUCGCUCCACAGUUCUGAUUGUUUAAGUUCCCGAACUUCUUCUUCGAAAUUUCGAAAAAAUGGGUUUCGUCAAGGUGGUGAAGAACAAGGCUUACUUCAAACGGUUCCAGGUCAAGUUCAAGAGGCGUCGUGAAGGGCGAACGGAUUACUAUGCGAGAAAACGGCUUAUCGUGCAGGACAAGAAUAAGUACAAUACACCAAAGUACAGGAUGGUUGUCCGAUUCUCCAACAAGGACAUCACGGCACAGAUCGCAUACGCCCGAAUUGAGGGGGAUGUCAUUAUCUGCGCCGCCUACGCCCACGAACUGCCCCGCUACGGAGUUAAGGUCGGUCUGACCAAUUAUGCUGCUGGAUAUUGUACCGGACUUUUGCUCGCGAGAAGGCUGCUCAAGAAGCUGGGUCUUGAUGGGAUUUACGAAGGUCAGAAAGACAUAACUGGCGAGUACUACUGCGUCGAGGAGGCGGACGGUCAACCCAAACCUUUCCAUGCCGUAUUGGACGUCGGUCUUUACAGAACGACAACUGGCGCGAGGAUCUUUGGUGUGUUGAAGGGAGCCGUUGACGGCGGGCUCGAUAUUCCUCACAGUGAAAAGCGCUUCCCUGGAUGGGACUCAGAGGGGAAGGAGUUGAAGGCUGACGUUCACCGAAACCACAUCCUAGGCAAACACGUCGCCGACUACAUGAAAACCCUCCUCGACGACGACGAGCAAGCUUUCAAACGACAAUUCUCCAAAUUCAUCAAGGAGGGAAUCGUUGCCGAAAACCUUGAGACGAUCUACAAGAAGGCCCACUCUGCCAUCCGCGCUAACCCUGAGCCACCCAAGAAGAAGGACGCCUCCAAGGUAGUCAACAAGCGCUGGAACCUGAAACGCCUCGCAGGAAAGGUGAAACGUCACCACGUCAAGCAGAAGAAGACCGCCUACCUCGCCAGCCUCGAGGUCGAGAAGGCGCGCAGUUAGAUCAUCACCAUCUUCACUUCGUUUUGAUAAUUUCGUCAUUUCUGUAUCAAUUUAUCUUCCCUGUUUGGUACGAAAUGAUGAAUAAAAAAUUCUUGUUGGAUAAAAUUUA